ACGAACCUCCCCAAAUUCCUCUCAUUUUCUACACCCAAUUUACUUUCCUCCACCAAAUGGCUAAAGGAGGCAAGCUCACCAAACUCAAGUCAGUUCUCAAGAAAAUGCAAUCUUUCAAGCUUGGCCGGCCCAACGGCACCUCCAUAGGCCCAAUCGCCGAUGGCUCAUUUGCCAAGGACCUCCACCGAGUCUAUGUAGGAAAGUCACGGCGGCUCUACUUCAUCACAGCCGAUGUCAUGGAAAAUCAACUUUUCCGGGAGCUCGUGGAGCGGUCAGGCGACGGCGAAGAUUCGAAAACUAUCGGCUGCGAGGUGGUGCUUUUCGAGCACCUUCUUUGGAUGCUGGAAAAUGCUGAUCCUCAGCCUGAGUCCUUGGAUGAGAUGGUGGAGUUCUAUGCAUGCUGAUAAUCUGUGGUUAAAAAUAACUGUCAGUAACUGUCUAGGGGGCUGACUCUGUAUGUUCAUCCCCAUAUCUGGCAUAUAGUCUGUAAAACUUUCACAAUGUUUUCAAUCAAUGUUAUGAUUAGCAGCGUAGAAUACAAAAAUUAAAGAUGCUCGAUUUAGUCAUGUUAUUCAUUCGUAA